GCCGACUCCAUAUCGCGCAUGCGCAAAUCCAAGGUGACUAAACCGAGUGGAGCAGAAAGUUCAUGAGAUGAAAACAUAACACGCUGUUUGACUGUUGUGUGAUCUGCUCUUCAUCUCUGCAGGGACACGGCGGGAUGGCCAGUGUGUUGAGCAGCAGGGGGCGUCUGGUCUCGUACCUGUCAGGUGUUCAGGUUCUGGUUGGUCGGGUUUCUUCAGUCAGAACUUUUUCUGCUGCUGGAUCCGAUGAGCCGCACGUCAACAUGUCGACACACAACACAGCUCUGAACACCGUGUGGCCUGAUGACAUCAUCGGCCCGUUCGGCCCUCAGGACCGGCGCUUCCAGCUGCCAGGUAACUCUGGCUUCGACUUCCACCUGACGGGUCUGACAGAGCAGCAGAAGAAGAUGAAGGGUCACAUGACCCUCCCCGAUGUUCUCACCGCCCCCUCCGCGCCUGACCGACACCUCUCCAUCCUGACCCAGAUGACCUCUGACCUCUGUGAUAUAGAUGGCUCCGCCCCCUCUCAGCCUGUCACCCCAGCUGAUCAGUACUUCGAUCAGUCCAGGGUGGAGUGUAUGAUUCAGAACUGUCCUGAGCUGCUGAAGAGAGAAUUCCUGUCCAUGUUCCCUGAAGCCCCGUCCACUGACAUGAUGGCGGUCACGGUGACCCAGAGGACGAAACAUGACAUGAGCAGCUGGAGUCCAGAGGUGGAGGACGAGAGGGAGGCGAUGCUGCACACGUUUAUUGACGGGGCCCAGCAGAUCUGCUUGGCGCUGCAGGAUGGAGGAUUCUGGGCCGACUUCAUCGACCCUUCAUCAGGACUCGCGUUCUUCGGCCCGUACACGAACCUCACCUUCUUCGAGACGGACGAGCGCUACGCCCAGUUGGGGUUUCGGGUGGAGGACCUCGGCUGCUGCAGGGUGAUCCGACACGCUCUGUGGGGAACCAACGUGUUCGUGGGGACGAUAUUCACUAACGCACCGCCAACCAGUGACAUCAUCAGGAAGCUACAGGGCAGCUGAACUGUGACAUCAUCAAUGUGUUGAUACACGUACACACACUGUAAACAAACACACGCACAGAAUAUUGUUUUAUUGAUCUUUGUCGUCUAAAUAAAGUGUUUUCAUGAUUUAA